AUGUCUGACGAGGAGCACCAUUUUGAUUCCGCCGAUGCUGGCGCAUCGAAGACGUUCCCGCAACAGGCUGGAGCUAUUCGCAAGGGCGGCCACCUUGUAAUCAAGGGACGACCUUGCAAGGUUGUGGAGGUUUCUACCUCUAAGACUGGGAAGCACGGUCACGCGAAGUGUCACUUUGUCGCGAUUGAUAUAUUCACCAAUAAGAAGCUGGAAGAUAUCGUGCCGUCUUCUCACAACUGCGACGUUCCAGAAGUGGUUCGCACGGACUACCAACUCAUCGAUAUUUCGGAGGAUGGCUUCGUUUCUCUUUUGACGGAGACGGGUGACACGAAGGACGAUCUUCGCCUCCCGACCGAUGACGCUAUCCUCUCACAGAUCAAGGAUGGUUUUGGUGAAGGCAAGGACCUUGUGCUUACUGUAAUGAGCUCUAUGG